GAGGAGACACGAAGGUAUAUAUAUAAGAGGUAGACUAACACCCACCGUCCGGAGACUUACUCAAAUGUGUCGCCACGGAGGAAUGAUGCCGAGGGUGUUAGCGGCGUUGGUGGUGGCGCUAGCGGUGGUAUGGCAGCCGUCAGGAGCGUGGCCACAGAGCGUCCAACCCAACGAAAGAUACAUUCCCAGUAAAGGCGACCCGAGCCUUCCUCAGGUGCAUCCAGAAAAAGGGGGGGUCACUGCUAAUGCUAAAGAUCGAAACUCUCCUGUAGGACCCCCCGUUUUGAAUGGUGACACACCGGCAGUAAACAUCGAUGAGUCAGCAGUGAACGACGCAAAUGAUAAUCAGCCACCAACAGUUAGAAAUUUAGGCUCUAACUUCGGUUUCUCUUCAAGGACUGGUGCAGCCGCUGCACCAGGAUAUACUGGAUUAACAAGAAGAUCUGCCGCUAUUGAAUCCCCUGAAUUAUCAACUGGACCUCGCGCUGCAUUUCUAACAGAUUCUGAGCCAGACAUCGUGAUUGGAUCUCCAGGAUUCCCAACGGGACCUGGUGGCGGCUUUGGACCAGGAGGCCCCCCUCCAUAUUUAACGGAUUCUGACGCAGACAUCGUGAUUGGAUCUCCAGGAUUUCCAACGGGACCUGGUGGCGGCUUUGGACCAGGAGGCCCCCCUCCAUAUUUAACGGAUUCUGACGCAGACAUCGUGAUUGGAUCUCCAGGAUUCCCAACGGGACCUGGUGGCGGCUUUGGACCAGGAGGCCCCCCUCCAUUUUUAACGGAUUCCGACGCAGACAUCGUGAUUGGUUCCCCAGGAUUCUCAACAGGAUUUGACGAUAACAUUGGGGUGGGAAUUCCUAGUGUGUCAAUUUCUAGUGGAACCGAAUUAUUUCCUUCAGGGCUUGACGUAACUUCUGGGAUAGGCGCUCCAGGAAUUGCCACUGGUUUUGGGACAGGAGGGUUUGGUGAUGAUUUAGGAGUUGGUGUUGUCUUUGAUGGUGAUGACGCAAAGAUCCAUUUACCUGGGUCCUCCUUCUCCGGCGAUGACGUUAUUAUCCCUAUAUCCAGUCAAGGCAAUCACCAUGUACAAGCCACUGGUCCACGUUUCUCUUCAGGUCCAGAUUUUGACAGGUUGGAUACUGCGGGGGCUUCAGGUCAGAGAGACUUUGCAAAUAAUCCAGUUAGUAAUGAUGGCCGAAGCCUUGGUAAUGGCAAUUUUGCAAGAGAUGAUGACAGAAAUGGCCAGGGUGGUCUCUUAGGAGGUAUUGCUAAUAUUGUUAAAGGGGCUCUUGGCGGUAGAGGGCAUUCGUCGUCUGGUGGGGGUGUCCUGCGAGGCCUGCUUUCAUCCAUCGUUGGCCGCGGUAGUAAGAGUAAUCCUCUGAGGGCACUUGGGCUAGGCCCAGAAACUCUCAGUUCCUUUGCCCAAUUAGCCUCUUCUAAUGUAGAUGAUAUCAGUCGUAGCUCCAAUUUAGGACUGAGAUUCAUUGGAGAUGAACUUCAAUUUCAGGGAGAAGAAAAAAUUAAGGAUGUUUUUGAUGGUGUCCGGGAGGCAGGAUUAACCGCCGCGAUUGUAGGACAAAACUCUUACCGUGGGUUGCUGCGAGGAAGAGGUUCCGUGGGUGACUUGGCAAAAGGUACAGCGACGAACGUAGGUAGGUUCGCUGAAGACACAGUUGGGGCAACGUAUGACAGGGUCGAAGACACUCUUGGUGCGUUCGGGCGACUUGCCCGUGAUCUAAAAUUAGCGUUCCUUAAUUCUUUGAUCACUAAAGGACAAGCUACAAGAACGUUGGUGAGUGACCAGUCUGAGACUAAGUCGAAAGCCGUCGAAGGUAUUAUUUCAAAUAAGAAGGCAGUCGCGACCGACAACAUACGCGCCAUAACAGGAGCAUUCAGAGAUUAAAACAAGAGGUCAAGUCUUUAGACAUUUAUGAGAUGUAAUGAGCUACUGAAAACCUUGAUGUCAAUUCAGUAUUAGACAAGCCACUGGAGAAUGUGUGUGUGUGUGUGUGUGUGUGUGUGUGUGUGUGUGUGUGUGUGUGUGUGUGUGUGUGUGUGUGUGUGUGUUGCCAGUAAGCCAAAACAUUAAGCUUCUGAUCUUCUUGCACUAGUCCUGUACUCUUGAACCGAGUUGCAAAUAUAGUUAGUGGACGGGAUCAAGUUACUGCAGCUAAAGUAUAUUUUAUCGCAUUCUUCACCUGACUCAUACAGCUAAUGUAUACAGUACUUAAUAAAUAUCAUACACUUACAGCAUAUACAGUAUAAACGUUUUCAUGUAUGAGUAUAUUCCUAUAUCGCAAAUUCUAUGGAUAAAAUUUGGCGUAAAAUAUUUAAAAAUUUAAUUCCUUGUGUCUGAUGUAAUAUGUACCGUUGCCUCCACAUAACGAACCACGGCCUAAGUAUGUGGGAUGGAGUUUAUUGGUUGAGGUUCAUAAACAACGACUAGUGUUUUCCUGGGUUGAGAGACGCUGUUACUGCCGCCACCUCCUACAACUGCUUUAGUCACUGAUGAGAGAAAUAAAGCUUUUAAUAAACUGA